AUGCAUUACUUCAUAUCAACAACAAGUUAUGACAACGACUGCUCAUGUGGCAAAAGUACCUCUUGUACACGUCCUCAAGGAUUUCAUUGCACAGGAAGAAAAUGUCAGCUAAGCUCAAAUAAACCAAAUCAUACGAUUCCUGGUAUGGUGCUAAGUUGUCUAGCUGUUGACUCACUUCUUGCAUCUUCACUUCAAUGUUUCUACAAUGCAUCAUGUCUGAAAAUGAUAAUUCAAGGGCAUUCAUUUGAAAAUAACAAAUCAAAGAUAGAUCCACGUGUUGAUUAUAUUACUCCACUCAAUUCUAGAUCUGAUCGUCGUUCUUCACCUAAUACUACAUUGGAUAACAUUGUUUCACAGUUAUUUAUUGAAGAUUGGGCAAACACAACUAAUUUUAGUUCAUAUUAUCAUCAAUGUGCACCAGAUCAAUGUACUUAUACUUAUGAACAACGUUUCAAUCGAGUUUAUAUUAUUGGAACUGUAUUUGGGAUAGUUGGUGGUCUUUCUGUUGCACUUAACAUAUUCAUUCCUCUUCUUGUAAUACUACUUCGACGAAUAUAUCAUCUUUAUCGCAGACGACGUUUGGUUCAAGUUCCAACUGAAGUCACUGUAGAAACAAGUAUUGGUCGGAAACUGUCAUUACGAGUUGCUCGUAUUCAACAUUCUCUUCGAAAAAUGAACUUCUAUAAAAAAAUAUCAAAGAACUCUCCAUCAGAACAACUACAAACACCAGAACAAGUAUUAGUUGUACAACGCCAACAAAUAACAACUCGAUUCUACAUUAUCUUCUUUCUGAUAGGACUACUUGUGAUUAUAAUAUUUACUGCUCUUCAUUUACAUAUACAUUCUAUUACAAUAUCAUCGCCGACACUACCCAUCUUUGAGUCUCUUCAAGAUCAAUAUUCAUCAUCACUUUCAUGUCCAUGUUCACAAAUUACAAUACGAUAUACAAAUUUUGUUACAGUUGAGCCAAGAAAUUAUCACCAAGUGUGCUCAAGUUAUUUUAAUUCAUCAGAUUUUAUCAGUUUACUUUGGGGUUCAGAUGAAGCAAGUGAAUUUCUCUUAAAUCUUGAUAGAAAAAUCCUAAGUACAGAAUUUCGACUGUUAUCAACAUUAUGUUCUCUCGCAAUGAAUACUACUCAACAACAGAUUAGAAUGUUUUCUUCACGAGAACUGAUAAGUGUAGAAACAUUAGCACGUCAUUCAUUUCAAACUCAAAUCAAUUCAAUUAUAAAUAGUUUUAUUGUUGAAACACCAGCUAGGCUUCGAAGAAUACAUAAAUAUAUCAUAGAGAUGCUUCGUGCUAGUCAACUGCAGAGUAUGUUCUUAACAAAUUGGAAUCUUCGUUCAUCAACUCUCAAAGAUGGAUAUUACAUGUUAACAAGUCCAGUAUUAUACAAUGAAAGUGGUCUUGUUAUUGGUUGUUUACCAGUUUAUGGUCUUCGACUUUCGACACUUGAAUGUUUUUACAACUCAACAUGCUUGCAAAGACUAGCUACUUUUCUUAAUACUUUCUAUGAUCUACCACCUCUGAAUAUUUCAUUAUAUUCUCGUUUCACACCAAUAUCAUCAACAACAAUUGGAACAUUGAUUGAUGAACUAUUUAUUGAAACAUGGUAUAAUACAAGUAAUUAUUCGAGUUAUUUUUCUAGUUGUGCACCAUUAACAUGUCACUAUAGCUAUGUGAAAAGAAACAGUAUAUUACAUAUGAUAACAACAUAUCUGGGUUUAUUUGGUGGAUUAACUGUUGGAUUAAAAUAUGUUGUUUGGUAUGGUUUAUGUUUGUAUUGGAAAGUACGUCAAUUGUGUACUAAUGUUCGAAGUCGAGUUGAACCUGUGAAUAAUACUAAUUGA